AUGGUGCGCCUUAAGGACCGCUACCUCCUCGUGAACAUAAUUUACAGCGAUGUCCCGCCGGGUCAAGCGAAGGGGGCCGUGCCAGAUUUGCUCUUAUACAAUCAACCCACUAGCAGCGAGCUGAGACCCCAGCACUUGCUCAAGGCCAUUCGCAGCGAGGUGUCCGCGCUCUUCGGCGACUGUGGUUUAGGCGCCAUCGACAAGAGUCUUCAAGCAGUAAAAUACCUCUCCCCAGCAACGUCGACUUUGAUUCUCCGGGUCUCUCGCGCUCACUAUCGCCUCGUCUGGGCCGCGCUCUCUUUCAUGGACCGCGUUCCAGUUAGAGACGGCCGGCCAUGCGCCUUCCGCGUCGUGCGCGUCAGCGGCACCAUCCGCAAGGUCGAGGAGGAAGCCGUGCGGCGCGCCAAGCUGCUCGUACUCGCCGCCAAGGACGAGAUGGCCGGCAAGAGCUCCUCGAAUGCAUUGGGCGCUCUCCUGCGGAGCGAUAACCAGGUUCGAAGUUUCGCGGUGCUGGAUGCCCCCAACCCACCGGUGUCAGAGGCUGGGGACGACGUGAUCAUGUCUGAUGACGGAUGA